GCAGAGCAGAGCGCGAAGAAGAACCCAACACAGUUGUGAACCCGAACCGGAUUUAUGACGCUUUAACACGGAGCUCAAUUCUGGCUGACUGACUGAUGUGGAUUUAUAUGCAAACACACACAAGAUGCAUGACCACACAGCAGUUUGGAGCCAGUGACACAAGAUGGUGAAGAUGAAAGGCGGCCACACCAGAUGCAAGGUCAUGUGAACACACUGGAGCACUGGAAGAUGUUUGCGGUGGCCUGACCUCCGAUGGAUGCUUAAAAAGUUCUCAUAAUUGACGCCGAUGCUGUGCCGAGAUGUGGCCCCCUGACCUCGGACCUCCAGACGUGCAGCUGACCCUUCCUGGCUUUGGAAAUGUCUUUGAAGAUGUGGAGGACCACCGGGGGCCGCUGGCUUCAGGUGGCUUCUGCCAGUCAUCCGUCAUCUCAGGCUCAGUGCCUGCGGUGUGCCGUGCACCCAGAACCUCCUUUUCUUCUCUGGACCUUCUCAGCUAUAAGGCCAGCAGGUCCACCACUGACAGAACAGAGGCCAGCUUCUCCACCACGAUACAUGUGAAUCCUAAAGACUCCCAGAGGUUCAGUUGCAGUUCCCAUCCUACACCUCCUGUAUCCCACAUGUGCACAUCUCCAUCAUCGUCCCUUUCCUCCUCAUCAUCAUCAUUCUUUCUGACCUCCUCCAUCAACAAAAGCUCUCAUCAGCAAAAACUACAGGAGGCGUAUCGCUCUAUAAAACAAGAGCCAACAGAGGACUUCUUCCACAUGAACAGCCAGCAGAGGGAUCUAUUCCACAUUGGCCUACAGCGCCCAGUGGGAGACCAGCAGGACCAGCCGUGCCUUUGGACCGACUGCAGCGCUGCCUAUAGCAGCCAGGAAGAACUUGUGAGGCACAUUGAGAAGGUGCACAUCGACCACCGCAAGGGCGAGGAGUUUGCCUGCUUCUGGGCCGGCUGUAUGCGGCGCCGCAAGCCUUUCAACGCCCGCUACAAGCUGCUCAUCCACAUGAGGGUGCACUCUGGAGAGAAACCCAACAAGUGCAUGUUCGAGGGCUGCUCCAAAGCAUUUUCCCGCCUGGAAAACCUGAAGAUCCACCUGCGGAGCCACACAGGGGAGAAGCCGUACAUCUGUCAGCACCUCGGCUGCUUCAAGGCCUUCAGCAACUCCAGCGACCGCGCCAAACACCAGCGAACGCACCUGGACAGGAAGCCGUAUGCCUGCCAGAUCCCGGGCUGCACCAAGCGUUACACUGACCCCAGCUCAUUGCGGAAACACGUCAAGAGUCACUCAGCCAAAGGCGUCCAGAAGCAACAGUCCAAGGUCCACGUGCACUCGGUACCGGAAUCGGACCUGUUGAGAGGCUCAGCGUUUCCGGUUUUAGAUGACUUUGCAGGGGCGUACGCGCACGGGGGCGGCUCAGACCAUGUGCCCACCUCAGAAGACAGCUGGAGGGAGGGAGGCUUCCACGGCGUAACAACGCUAACGAGCUCAGCUAGUGUAAAGGCGGGGCGCACGCAGUUUACGACGGCAGCUGACACUUUUGACUCCAGAGAUGACGCUCAACUGCCAGACCCCUGCCAUCAUCAUCAUCAGCAGCAGCAGCAGCAAGCGUUUCAAUAUGGACAGUCGGGAGAGAUGAAGGCUUCUCAGCCAAUCAGCGAUGGAGGCUUUGAUCCCACUUAUUUCCCACAAGCCUCUACAGCACCCCCUGCAGUGUUGGACUUGAUGCACGACCUCCACAACCCGUGUAGCUAUGCCCCGCCUCCAGACACGGACUUCCUGUUCCAGAUGGGAGGCGUGGACCGUUGUCUGAGUCUCAUUGACGCCAUCUAUUUGGACUCGUGACUGUAAUAUUGACAUGAAAGCCGUCACGUCGUUGCGGGGUGCUUUGCAGCCACACACAAGAAUGCAGAGCAACACUACUCGACACAACACAACAAGCGUAUUCAAACCAUAGAUUAUUCAAUUAUUUGUUUCAUUGCUGCCCCAACUACAAUGUAACAUGUUGAUGAUGAAAGGCGUUGAAAUACUGUAGCUGCAAUGAAUUAGGACUUACAGUACUUUAAGAUACCAGAAAUGUUUUAAAAAGCACUUUAAAAUGAAUUUUGAGCCCACAAUAUUUUAUGUUUUGGGCAGUUUGGGUAGAAAAUUGUGAUUUUUUUUUUUGUUGUGUGUAAACUUUGUUUCAGCUCAGCAAACAGCAAACUUGGCUCGUUUAAUUCAUUAUUGCUCAAUGGUAAUAGUCUAAUUUAUUUUGAACAUGCAUACAAGUUACAUUGGAAGACAUCACAUCGUACAAUUCAUAGUUCCACAUGUCCAAAAAGGAGAAGGAAGAAGCGAAGUUUAUUUAAUCCUACCCUCUUUCCGUUUCACAUCAGUUACAAUACAUUUGUUCACUUACUGUAUUCCAAAUGUGUUUUUUGCCAAUUUUAAAUACAUAGGAAAAUGCAUUGUAUGUACACAGCGGUUCAUCCCCUGCUUGUACUCUUUCUUGAAAUCGCUCAUUUUAGUGCAUUGUUUGGGUUCUUUACUCAAUUCGUUCCGCUAAAGGUUUUCAGCACUGUUAAAUUUUUCCCUAAGAUCAUAUUUCUCCGCUCUUGUUGAGUAGAAUUGUAUUACCUUUUUGGGUAGCAGGUUAUUGUUUGCGUUAUGCAUAAUUUUAGCUGUUUGAAAGUUCACUAGAUCAGCAAAAUUGAAUUCAUUCUUCUCUAUAUGCGUCAUUAUGGGUUAUCCUAACUGACCGAGUGAAGUGUACUUUUAUAGGCAUUUCCUCAUAUCUUCACACAAUAAGUUAGAUAUGGUAAUACCAGAGAACAGCAGAGCGUAUGGAGGGAUUUUUGGUGCAGAACAAAUUUUGCUUUAUUCAGUAUUGAGGUAUUUCUUGCCACUUUAUAUUUUUAAUGUGAGUUUGCCAGCGCAUAUUAUCAUCUAUUAUUAUUACCCCCAGAAAUGUAUUUUUGUUCACCCUGUCAGUGUCCACGCUGUAUUUGCGCAAAAGUAUCCUUUUUGCUAUUAUCAAAUAGCAUUAUUUUAGUUUUACUUAUGUUCAGGGAUAAUCUGAUUUUAUUAGCUCUUGUGUGCUUUCAAUAUAUUACAUGUGAGUCAAAAACUAUUUUUUACAUUUUCACACAACCUUUUUAAGUUAGAUGGGUUUUUUUUUAAGAGUUCCAGAACUUGUGCUAAGCUAACGUUUAGCCUUGCAUUACAACAGAAAUAUAGCAUUAAUAAAUUAAGUUGCUUUAUUUCUUACUUCAGCUUAAUUCGGACUUUAAGAGUGCUAAGCUAACGUUUAGCUUUGCAUUACUAUAGCAAUAUGGUAUAAAAUCAAAUACCUUUGUGGGUCUGUGUGUAGCAAUGCUGCCCCCUAGUGUGAAUAUCUACAACGACACUACCCCGUCGUUAAUACGAUGCAGCCGUCACGCUUUGGGCAUAACAUACGUUUGCAUUAUUAAACACGACAGUUGUUUCGGAUAAAUAAGGAAAAUUCUGAUCUUCCACAAGAAUUUCCACAAGCACGCCCUGUAAACUGUGGUGAAACCGUGUUAUUUUACUGAAAUGCCUCUUGUAUUUUAAAGGCCUGGUUUUCCAGUUUAUAGGCUGUAUUACUCCAAUGUUGUCGAGGGGACCCGAAGCUGUGCUACUCCUGAGAAGGGGGAGGGUUGACAAGUAUGGUUUUGGGGUGUCCAUAGUUCGCCCAGGAGGCCAUUUGCGGCACACAGCUCAAUUUUUAGUGGCCUGCUGCACAUUUACAUAAAAUUAAACAGGAAAAUUAAACAUGAAAACAUGUUUGAUGGAGAAUUAGCGUUUCACUUUAAAGAGAAACAGUCCCAACUUUACACUCUACAGACCAAUUUAAAGCUGUUUCCUAAUAAAAAUUUGGUGCCAAAAAAGAAGUAGUUGCAUCAAUGUUCUUAGUUGAGUGCAGGCUUGUGAAAGCGAGUGACAGGAUAUGUCUUCACGCAUUAUGUUUAAGACAUCACUGCAUCACCUUAAAAUAUCCUGUCGAAGCGUUUUCAUUUGUAUUUUUAAUGGCUGCACUUAAUAUACAACGGAAUGAAAUCUUUUUUUCCACUUGGUUAAAUACCAGCACGUACGCUCAUGACCGCAUAUAAUCAUUGUAUGUGUGUCAUGUUUGUACUGUAAAUUGAUCACUUAUAGUCAUUGUGUGUGUGUGUUGUAUGGCUUAUGUGGUUGUUUGCACAGAAAAAGAGGCGCGUUUACUCAUACUGUGUAGAGACGUCCUUUUUAAACAAUUUGUA